AGCAGGACAGGUAAGGGGGGGUGAGACCGGUCUCAACUGGGUCAGGGGUCAUGCUGGCUACGUCACAGGCUCCUAAGAUGGCGUUUUGAUGACGACGGGAGAAGUGAGGACCCCUGCCCUUGUUUAAAAGUGACACCAAUGCAAGACAUCAAGGGUAGGCGAUGGAGCUCCCCAACUACGCCAGUCAACUGCUUCUCCAGCUCAACCAACAGCGUUCCAAGGGCUUCCUGUGCGACGUCAUCAUCAUGGUGGAAAACACACUCUUCCGCGCCCACAAAAGCGUCCUUGCCGCCACCAGCCACUACUUCAAAUCCCUCGUUCUUCACGACAACCUCAUCCACCUUGAUCCCGAUAUGGUGGACCCUGUUGUUUUUCAACAGAUACUGGACUUCAUUUACACUGGCCAUUUCUCAGACGAGACCCUUGAGGGUCUGGAUUUGAGUUCUCUGCUCACCACAGCUAACUAUCUCCAGCUCAAUGACCUCGCCAACCUGUGCUCCGCUAAGAUCAACCAAAACGGCUCCCUCUGUAACCUAGCUCGUGGGGGUUCCUUGCGUGUGCCGCGGUAUUCUUCUCCUACCUCGAAGAAAUUGCACGACAGGGGGAUUGAGGAGCACUCGUCGGACACUGAAACGUACACGUGCAUGACACCUCCCAAAAAGAGGAAUCAUGCCGAAAGCAGGUACAUUUCAAGGAAAAAACAAGAAUUGGGCUUGGAUUUGUCCAAGAAGACGUCUAAUUUCGAGACCAACGUGAAUGAGGUUUUUGUACCCAGAACGGUCUCCAACAACAUCCAGCUAGGAAUAAAUGGAAAGUGUAUUCCAAAAGAAGAAAAGUGGAUAAUUCCUUUAGACGGAGCUCAAGAAAGAAAACGGGAGGGAUCCCGCCGGAAAUCCAAGGUCAAUGGUUACAUUCCUAUUAGCAGAGGAAAUCAACCAAGUCAGAAUCAAACGUUCACUGUCCAGCUGUCUGUAAAGAAAGAAAAAAUGCAAGACGAAAGCCAAAAGCCAAACAACGGCAGCGCUCAUUUCGUUUAUCAAAAGGAGACGUUUAUCAAAGAAGCCGAGGGGGAAAACCCUUACGUUUGCAUACCGUGUGAAAAGGGCUUCCCAUCUUCCGAAAGCCUCAAAUCCCACGUGGAGACCCAUAUGGAUGAAGACAUGGAUGUGAAGGUUGAGGAGGAGGACGAAGGUGACGGAGACCCUGGAGUCACCAGAGCCUCGCAAAAAACUCCUGAGAACGUGGAACAAUGUCCACCAAAGUCCCUAAAAGAUGUCGACACCUUGCGCCCAUUCCCCUGCAACAUCUGCGGCAAGAUGUUCACACAGCGCGGGACGAUGACGCGCCACAUGCGCAGCCACCUCGGCCUCAAGCCGUUCGCGUGCGAAGAGUGCGGCAUGCGCUUCACCAGGCAGUACCGGCUCACCGAGCACAUGCGGGUCCAUUCGGGGGAGAAACCGUACAAGUGCCAGGUGUGCGGGGGCAAGUUUACGCAACAGAGAAACCUCAUCAGUCACAUGCGGAUGCAUACAUCGCCGUCUUAGAAACUUCAACGAUACCUCAAGUCAUAUCUUUAUAUUGCGUUGGUGUGGGUGGAGCGAAUCUCCAUUUCACCCUCAAAUGAAUGCUGUGAAGAUUCCUCCAGAUCUUUGGAGAAGAAUGGCGAUGCCAUUCUCCAAAAUACCAACUCCUGCUGUUAUACCUCCUGUCUUUAUUACAUUCUUUAAUAUUCUUGUGCAUGAAUUAUCGUUAUUGUUAGUGUGUAGUUAAAACAUAACGUUUAUCCACUUAGAGAUGUAGUUACCUCGGCGUGUAAUCCUCUCAGAAUUGAACGAAUGUUCCUGGCAGUACAGGCUUUUUAUUUGAGAUUUUUACAGCAGUGACUUGCGAUACCUCUCGAAUGUAAUGAACAAUGAAUUUAGUUUAUGCUUCAGAAACAGACCUCUAUAAUAAUAAAAGCUAUUUGGAUUGUUUACUUGAAUACACAAACUUGCUACCUCAGAUUAAACCAAACCCUCUGACUAGCCUGUAUGAGAUUAUGUAAGACUACAUGUUAGAUAAGAACUGCUCGCUGUCUUCCGGCGUUUCAGUCAGGAUUUUGAUAUCGCAAGCUUAACCUGACAUACAGGACAGAGGAAACACACUGCCUGUUUUAACAUACACUUUUCAGGGGGAAAGCUUCUACUUCACUGUAGAGUUGCGAUUCGAGCUAGUGAUGCGUUAUCGCUCGAGCAUUAAGGGUGUUUUCAUGUACAGUUCCAAAGAGAUAUUGAAUGUUGAAAUGCUAAAGAAAUACUGUAAAACUAUAACCAAAUCUAUAUUCUUGCUAAAUAUUUAAGUCUAAUUUAUGUUUCUUUCGAUUCAGGUUUAUAUUUGAGUCUUCUUUCUUUCUUUCGGGAGUUUUUCAUUUGAAUUUCUUUUCAAUGCUUCAACCAAUGGCUUUAUUUAUAUAGCAUGUUGUUCGUAUUUGCUUUACCAAUGUGGCAUGUGCAUUGUCCUUAUAAAAUGAAAAUGUUCGAUUUAGCAUUUAUGCAUUUAGUGUUGAUGUGAGACCAAAAGCGUUAAAGCGAAACCUGCUGUAAAUAUUUUUAAUGUAACUGAUAUCGGUUGAUAUAUUGCUGAUACUUUCACUUGUUUAGAUAUGGAAAUCAUUUUCUUAGCGUGUUUUAAUUUCUCUACGAGAUGUUUAUUUUAAACUACCUCUGGCUGGGUCUUUUGUACGUUGUACCCACGUUUUGCAUGCUGGAGGGGUCUCUAAACAAUAUGUACAUUUGAGGCUGUAUGAACAGUUUUUUAGCUUUUGCCUAUUAUGGUAACUAUCAAAAGGAUACAUUUAAUAAUAGAUCAACUAUCUUGAGAUUUUUUUAAUUUGUGUGGUUUCUUUACAUCUUUUGUUUUUAUCUUUUUUUACACUGUCUGUAAAUCAUUAAAUUCUAGAAUAUUCAGGAACUUUUUAAUACUUAAUGGGACUUGAAACUGAACUUCAAAACUGUGACAACACUUACAUUUGCAUCCUUACAAAACUCAGGGAACAUGUUAGGGACCCACGUCUUACCCAAUAAACGUUUUGAACCAUAAAGCGCCAUUAAUCGAUGUUUGUUGCAGCUGUAUUUGUCUGUGUUUGUUUAAAUGUGUUUCAAUAUUCUCGACAACAAACCCAACAAGCCUUCAGAAGCUUUCGGCAGCUCCUUCUACCACUUGCAGUUUGUGUGUAUGUUUAUGGUUUGAUGUGGUUUUCAGGUGCUUUCGAGAAAUGUCAAGUACUUGUUCUGAAAUACAGAUACUAAAGUAUUUGCAAGCUGUUUGUUAAAACCAAAGCACACUCUUUGAAGAAUUUAAGGUCCUGUGUAUUGUACACAACGUUGUUCUCGGUUAUGACAUGAAAAUAAAAUUAUUGC